AUGGGGGACCACACCACACUCUUCACCUUCAGGAUUGACGUCCCCUCUGGUACCCGGUCAGUUGAGCUGCUGGGGUCAUGGGACAACUUCACCCAUUCCUACCGCAUGGAGCGGGACCAGAGGAAGAGCUCUCGCCAAUGGUGUGGUAUCUUCACCUUCAAGGACAUCAUUUGCGAUGGCGAGCCGCAAGGUCGCCCUGAAAAGAGGGAAGGCGGUUUGAAAAUGGGCGGCACCUAUUGGUACUACUAUAUGCUGGACGGCGUCUACGAAUACCACGAUGAAUCCAAGCCCUUCACCACAACCUGCCCUCUGCUGCUGGGCGAAUGUGUCAACAUUCUCGAAGUGCCGUACGAAGAGAGAUCAGAUGACUUCGAUCCAGACUUUCCGCCCGCACCCGUUCUGACCCCAGCAUUCACCAUGGACCCCAAUGCCCGUUUCAGCACCCCACGCCCCAAUAAGUUCGAAGCUCUUUCCAGAAAACCAUCUGUGCCUCCACCAUCGCCAUUCUUUCCCUCUCCCGUCACUCCCUCCUGCGAAGAUUCUUGUCGAUCCUCCCUUGCCCCUACUUCCGACCAGAGCUGUCGUAGCUUCACCUCCGCCGGUGCCGUCUCUCACCGAACCAGCUAUAGUCGCCAUGGCCACUUUGAUCUGUCUUCUAGCUCUCAUGGUUAUGUCCGGCCAAAGACUGCAGGUGGCGCGACCACUGCCCAGCAAGCACGCCACCUCAAUCUUCGUAGUAACAGGCCAGCAUCCGUUGGGCGAUCUGACCCGGCGACUUCGCAAGAUAGGAAACCUGGAUUUUGGCGCAAUGAUUCCGGUAUCGCGGGACAUGGUCUGAGCGGAGGCAGGGACAACAGUGGGUCAAAAAGCGACGUGGCGGCGAAAGUGGGACUUGCAGAACAGCAAAGUGGACAACAACCUGAGCGGAGACACACGGGGGCCCCAGCAGUCGACUUCGAAGAGGACGUGCUAUCAGACUCCGGUGCUACAUUGGCGUGCUGGCAGCACAGGGAAUGUCUUAUCCGGAAGCGGAAUGGCCUCGCCGAGACUGGAGCGCAGGAAAGACUCAUACAGGAGGCAUACCAGGCUGUGGAUACUUGGAUCGAGCACACGACGAUCGCAUUGCUGGGUGGAGAAUUCCCCUGGGAUAUCAAGGACAUUUCUACGCCGGAGAUAAGCCCAACGAGGUCCGAGUUUACCGACAUCCUGGACAGCAGCAUGAUGCUUGAAAGAGGAGGCUAUUGGUCAUCGUAUGAGGAUGAGCUUCGUUCUAGCGAUGAUUCUUCUAGCUUUAGCAAGGUCGGCAGGCUGCCCUGUGUUGAAGAAGAAGCAGUUGAAGAAGCAUCAACCCUCGAAUUCGAUGAACCUCUCCAUCGAUGUUUUUCCGAAACGGAGAGAUACAUUGAGGAUUUCGAGCUACCUCCGGUGCUUACUCUCGAUUCAGGGAUUGAGGACAUCGCCCAGACACUAGCCACACCGGGACAAGCGCAAGAGGAGGACUGUGGAGUACUGACAGUGGAGCCCCAGGGCAGCUUCCUGAACAUGGACCGCUUCACAGAUAGCUUUAAGCUUCCUCCGCUCAACACUCAAAUCAGUGUGAGUGGCAGCUCAUUGCUUGACGAUGUUUCGCAGUCGGCUGUUACCAGCACUACGGUUGACCUUCCGCAAUUGGAAGACUCGGCUAUGCACUCGCCUACGUGCAGCAGCCCCUGCACCGCCUCAUCGGCGCGGGCUGAAUCUUUCCAAUUUUGGGCCGACCAGGACGGAGAGGAGGAUGAGGUGGAGGAGUCGUAUCUCGACUAUUCAUCAUCAGCAACAAGCCCUGGAUUGCUGCCUACUAUCUCUCACACUCGGACGAAUUCGUGGUUCAGCAACAGCGGAUUCCAGGGCUAUAGCCUACCCGAGGACGAGUACUCGUCGCAGGCAACUCUGACUAAAAUCUCAACGCAGGCCACGAUGGUCAUGUCCGAACCGCCGCCGCUUUCGGUAAGACGGCACAGCACCUUGCGCGUGAACUCGGAGCUCGAGAGCAUGGACGAGCUUUUAAACGACUUCAGCUACCUCGGCGAGGCAGUCAUCGGAUGA